AUGGCCGACAAACGACGCGUCAGAGGUCUUACCAUCCAUCGGCCAAUCGUCUAUGGUAGCAUUGCGGCAGUGAUACCAGUCGAGGAACGCAUAGCCAAUCCGGACCACAACAUGCGCUGGACGGUCGCCGUGCGGUCGGCGACCUCGCCUCCGCCGGGCUCCGCGACCCUGGAGGAGCGAGUAAUCCCGGAAGACGUGAUCGGAGGGUGCGACGAUCUGUCAUACUUCAUCAAGAAAGUCAGCUUCAAGCUCCACGACUCUUAUCCCAAUCCGCUGCGGGUCGUCGACAAGGCGCCCUUCGAGAUCAACGAGACCGGCUGGGGCGAAUUCAUCAUCUACAUCAAGAUUCACUUCCAUGCCGAGUCCGGCGAGAAAGCCAUCCAGCUCCAACAUGGCCUCAAGCUGCACGACUGGACGCCUGACCCGAACCUCUCGAUCCCCCAGGUCUGGCUUGACGAGACUCGGAACGAUCCCGAGACAGCAGAAGGCCCUACAACAAUCCCUGGCCCAGUGACUACCAAGCCCGAUUCAGUAGAUCCAGCACCCCCCAACGCCUCCUCCACCGAGUCCGGCCUCCCAUCCAAGUCUCCUAACACGGUGAUCAAUUCAUGGCAGUACGAUGAGAUCGUGUUCACUGAUCCCGUCGAAACCUUCUACAACAAACUCCUCGCCCAUCCCCCCACACCCUUACCGCCCAAAAACCGAUUCCCACCCGGAAUCGUCCGGCAGAUCUGUAAUAAGGGUGAGGCUGGUGAAUUCAAUGCGGAUAUCGCCCAUCGCGAGUUCAGGAAACUCGACUGGGCUGAACUGAAGGUCCUCGUGGAAAUCGAUAGACUUCGCGGUAAACUUUCUGUUGACGAGAGGGAACUCGCUCAGGUUAAAAAACUCCUGCAACAAUCUUCCUAA